UCAAAAUGUCAAUAAACGCAUUGUGCAUAAAUGAGCUGAAAUAAUAAGACGCUAAACAUAUAGUUAGUACACAGCUCAUAGAUGAUGCUUUUUCAUCACCAAAGUCUAUGUUUACCAUAGUCUUCCACAAGGUUGAUUGCAUUCGAUAAGUCUUUGAACUAUACCAUGGUAACGCUGUUUUCUAGCUUUGUUUUGCAGAGCGGUUCUAAAAAAAGCCCAACUGAAUGAAAAAGCAGCAAUAAACACAGGCAAUGUACAUGUUGACUUUGAAAGAAGUAAACGACACACAGGUGAUUAUGUAUACAGAAUCGGAAAAUCGAUAAACAUUUUCGCUUGGUAUAUGGGAAAACGGCAAGAAAUGUUGCGGGUUUUGGCCUCAGAUCCUCAGUACGCUAUCUUCGAUUGGGUUUAGCAUUCAUCGACAAUCUACAAAUAUAUAAAAACCCUCUGUCUCACAGAACGACGUCUUUGAAGAGAGUUUUUAGAUGCUGUUACACUAUAGCCUUGAAGAUACCAGCAAGAUUUGUCUAGUUUUCGAAGUACACACGUGUAGAGCAAGGAGAAACAAUCAAGAAGGCACUGACCUCAUCUUUUAAGCAAAGUUUCGAAUACAUCAUCGGAUGCUUGUAUUAAAAGACUAGCGGCAAAAAAUUAUUAGAGAAAGGGAAUACAAGAUUGGCAAAGAAUGCGAUGAAAAGAAACUGAAGCAAUCAUUCACAGUAGAAUACAUAUAGCUGGUUGCUUUGGUUUCAAUGAAAAGGUUUCUGUAACAAUCAGCCACUGGCUAUCUGGAAUAAGUUGUUCUCAGAAAAAUAUUUACUGAAGUCGUGAGCUUGUGAAACAGAGUAUAAAGACCAUUAAUGGUAAGAGUUUGUCUGGUGCUUUGCAAAUCAUUUAAAACGGAAAUAAAGAUCAAUAAAAAUAAUGGCUGACUAAAAAUAGUGCAGAAAAGCUACACCCAAUGCUCAGUUCUGGUGAGCUGACAUAGUUAACGACACAAUAAAACACGUAUAAAAUAGAGAGUUCGGCUGAAGACACCUCACCAAUGGAAGAGUUCCAUAUGAUAGCUCUAACCAAUUAAGCAAGGAAAAGCCUUUACAGCUCUCAGAAGAUUUAAUGAACGCUUUAAAGGAGAGUUGGUGGCCAUAAAUGGUUUUAAAUUGCUAAACACAAUCAAUGUUAGCCUGAACAUUAAGUGACGUCUGGGCAUCGCUGUGGUACCUGAAAUCAACUGGAAGUUACCACAUCUUGCUAUUCAAUGCUUCAUUUAGAAAUGGUUAACUCGACUACGCAAAUUUCAUUAACAACUGAAAGCACCGGUAAGGAACAUCUGCAAAGCAAGAUGAGACCUACAGAAGUUACUGCAUUGCUUAUUCUGUGCUACAUAACUUUAUCAGUGGGGAUAGUAAUAAACGGAUUGUUCUUGGUUGUGUUUGCCAGGUCAAAGCGGCUUUUCCGUCACCCGACCAAUAAGCUUAUAUUCAGUCUUCUGAUUUCUGAUCUACUCAUCGAAGCUGGCUUUGCAGUGACCAUUUCAAUCCACUGCGAGACCGUGGCACAUAAGGUGGCAUAUGUGCUUAAGGUGUUUGCAAUGACUGUGACUGUUCUUAACUUAUGCAUGAUUUGGAUUGAUCGAUUGAUUACUAUCAAAAUGAGUUUCAGUCGCCGGCGCAUGAUUAGCAAUUCCACUGUGAUAAGGCUACUUAUUAUUUCGUGGAGUGUUGGUGUAUUAUUGGCUGUGACGUCAUUGGUGAUGUUCCUAGCCAAAGCCGAGAAAUAUGUCUUCGUCAAAUGGAGAUAUGUCCUGUCUGUUAUGACAUUUCUGGGGUUCCUCGUACUGACAAUUGCAAAUAUAAUCAUAUUCUGUGUCGCGCGAGGUCAGGCUCACAAAAUCAGACGUCAAGCCACAAGACGGCCACGAGGGCAUCACUCUUGGCAACUGAAAUCGACAUACUUAUGCACAAUUAUGGUGACAACAUUCCUUGUUGCCUGGUUACCGUACUUGAUAGAAAAUAUAAAUGUGCUGCUUAACGGGGCAGAUGAAACUUCAAAUCCAAAAGACUGGUACAAAUUAUUUGGUGCGCUGAUGAUCAGUUGUAACACAUUGGCACACCCGUGUCUAUACAUACUACUAAACCGGGAUACAAGAACACUAUUGGCACGCAGGUUAAGAAACUCUAUUAGAAAGAUGACAGUUACAAGAUCAAUGGAGAGUAAGAAAUCUGGAUCAUCUGUGGUCAUCAUAAGCAUGAGGACGGUCGAACUCAACAGUGCUCCACAAAAGUUAUAGUGUCUCUCGGACAUGACGCUAUAGUCCUCACCUAAUGAAACUGAACUGGUAUCUCUGUAUAUUUUUGACAAAAGAUAUAUCAAGGGUCGAUCAAGUUUUAAAACAAAAAGCGCGGUCCCAUUAAUGUAAAAGUAAAUGUUUAAAGAAGAAUUCUGGGUAAUUUGGGCUUUCUAGGGCCGUUUUUGUUGUUAAAGUAAUUUUGAAGAUAGUCUUGAUUUCUAAAAAUGUUAUGGGUAAGACAGGAUCCAUAAAAAAGACGGGAUUGACUGCGGUUUUAACUGCGGGGUAAUUUGCAUGCCUUGGGACGUAAAAAUUGAUCGCUGGUAUUGUACUGCCACCAUCCUCGAACGAUGAUGUCACGAGGCGAAUUUUGCGGCCUUUAAAGGCAUGCGCAGUUUUGACUUUUUAUUUUGCAACGCAUUCCAAAGAAGGUGGGAAAGAGCUUUACCUUGUUGCAAUCACACAUUUUACAGCAACAUAACGCCAAUCGCAACAGGGUAAAUUUGCUUGAUUUUCGAGAAAAAAAUUAAGGAACAAUCGCGAGUAAUGAGCAGUUUCGGGCAGUGCAGUACAUUAGAGAAGCAAAAUUUUGUCAAGCAGAAAAUGUUCUAUAAAAAAUCUUGACUUGCAUACUUUAUUGCGAUCGCUUACAUGGUCCAGUGUUCACAUUUGGCGUCACAAUAACGAACAUUUAAUAAGUCCUCAAUAAAAUAUGCAAACUCUUCCUUUGGUUACUUUUAAAUAGCUUCUUGACUUGUCCUUUGUACCAAAUUAUGUGUAUGACAUGAAAUGUUAUGUGCUAAAAUUUGAUUAUGUUUUCCUGUGUAAAACGGGGUCAUCGGCGAUUUUCUUUUCAUUUGUACUGGUAGAAAAGCUCUUCUUUCAAAUCAUUUAUACGAAAUAGUUUUCAAAUUGAGUUUAUUUUAAAAAAGGCCUUGUUUUCCAAGCCUCGAGUAUUGAAACCAUAGUAUGGUGAUGGUGCUAGAAACUAAAUG